GCCAAAUUUCCCUCUCCGCCAAACUGUUCGAUUAGCGAGCGCCAUAUCACUACUAAAAGCACCCAAUCCAACGCCAUCAGAUCGACGGCAUGGCUGGGUUCAUACAGAAGGGAGCGAAGAAUAUCCUUUCCAAGCAACCGCAAGAUAUUGUCAUACUCUCCGCUCUACGGACGCCCGUGACGAGAGCGAAGAAAGGAGGCUUCAAAGAUGCAUAUGACCACGAACUCCUCGCCCACGUCCUAAAAGCGACACUGGCAGCUAAUCCGAAGCUCGACCCGAGCCUCAUACAAGACAUCCAUAUCGGCAAUGUCCUCUCCGAACUCGGUGGCUCAAAAGCAGGCCGAAUGGCCGCCGUCCACGUCGGCUACCCUGAGACCGUUGCUUUCCAGACAGUGAACAGGGCAUGUUCGAGCGGCUUAAGCGCAAUCACGAGCAUAGCGCAUGCGAUCGCAGUAGGACAGAUCGAUGUCGGCAUCGGAGGCGGCAUGGAGAGCAUGACGCGGAAUUACGGCAGUCGGGCUAUUCCCACACAACUCUGGAAAGAGCUGAAGGAGAGCCCGGUGAAGGACGCGCGAGAUUGCAUCAUGAGCAUGGGGCUUACGGCGGAGAACGUUGCGGAACGGUACGGUGUCAGACGGCAGGAACAAGACGAGUUCGCGGCGCGGAGUCAUCAGAAAGCCGCCAAGGCCCAGAAGGAAGGCCUCUUUGACAAGGAGAUUGUGCCGGUGACAACGAGGUGGCACCCGAACCCCGAAGUUCCGGAGACAACCGAGGAGAUCACAGUAACGAAAGAUGACGGGAUCCGGCCAACCAGCACACCCGAGAGCCUGGCGAAGAUGAAGCCUGCUUUCAAGGAAGAUGGCACAGCGACCGCUGGUAACAGCUCACAAGUGUCCGAUGGCGCCGCAGCAACCCUACUCAUGCGCCGCUCGACCGCGAAUCAGCUAGGUCUCACAGACAGCAUUAUUGGUAAAUGGGCCGGCACGUCCGUCAUCGGCUGCAAACCAGACGAGAUGGGUAUUGGCCCAGCAUUAGCCAUCCCGAAACUGCUCGACUACACUGGCGUCUCGACAUCAGAUAUUGGGCUUUGGGAGAUCAAUGAAGCAUUCGCCUCACAAGCCAUUUACUGCGUCCGAAAGCUUGGUAUCGACAUCGAGAAGGUCAACCCGAAGGGUGGCGCCAUCGCGUUGGGCCACCCUUUGGGUGCAACAGGCGGGCGGCAAUUGGCGACUUUGUUGCCGGAGAUGGAGAGGCAAGGUGUCGAAAUGGGCGUCGUGAGCAUGUGUAUAGGCACAGGUAUGGGCAUGGCGAGUCUGAUCGUUAGGGAGUGAGGAAGCAAGCAUGGACAUCUGCGAAUACUUUCGUUGUGACAAGCGAACCUGUACAGUGUAACUAGGCAGAGCAC